UCAGUCAGUACCCUACCGGUUAUUAACAAAAGUCAAAUCGCGGAGCCAACGAGGCGCGUUCGUUACGUUCCUUAGUAAACAACCACUUUUUCGAUCAGUUUGAAAGUACUGGUGGUAAACUAGGUCAGUGAUAUUCCAACACUUUGGGACAUCUCGAUUAGGUCCGAACAAUAGUUAUCAAUAGUAGAAGUUAAUUGAUCACUCGCGGUAUUUGGUGAUUGUGAAUUGUGAAUAGUUCCGGGCGUAGCUCAACUGAAAGCGUCUAUUAGAUGCGGGCUUUUUAGGAUUUUUUCAUCUUAACUUUCCCAGCAUUUUUUUUUACUUUAGAUUUGUGUUCAUCUACGUGACUGAAAGUGGUUUCGUCUAUGUCUUGAGAAAUGUAAGUGUGUGUGUAGAUACCCCUCAGAGUAAAAUGAAAUCCAGUGAUAAGAAAAAGUGGAUUGCUUUUAAACGGCUAAAUAUCCAGAUUGGCUGCAUCGUCUCCGGUGCGUCCUUACACCAUCUACUGUGGCGAUAAAUCCUAGGGCAGUCUAGUUACUUACCAAAGCCACAUAUCGCAAAUGCAGAGAAUGAUACGAAUGUCGUAUGUUUCCCUAAUAGUUGUGAUGUUCAUAGCCAACGACUAUUCAUUGGCUGGAAUACUCGAUGUCAACUGGUCUCGUUCGGAUAAAGCUGGCAUAGAGGUCAAUUUUAAUUUACCAUGGCUACCCUUUGAAAAUGAAACACGAUGUUACGACGACUUAGGAUGUCUGAACAUCACCAGGAGCUGGUACCAUUUGGUUAACAGGCCAUUUAAUGUGUUUCCUCUACCAAGAUCUGUGAUAAAUACUAAAUUUAUUCUUUAUACUAGAUUAAACCCUUCUGAGGGACAACUGAUCAAAGCUACCAAUGAAUCAAUUGACAAAUCCAGUAUGAAUGUGGACAAAAAAAUUAAAUUUAUUAUACAUGGAUUCAUUGAUACCCCGCUUUCUAACUGGGUGAAAGAUAUGAGGACUGAAUUACUUAAGGCAGAAGAUCUUAACGUUAUUGUGGUAGAUUGGGCGGGUGGUAGCUUACCCCUUUACACUCAAGCCACGGCAAACACCAGAUUAGUCGGCCUGGAGGUUGCAUAUCUUAUCAACUUUCUAGUGAAUAAUUUCGGAGUUAGCUCAAGAAAUGUGCAUAUUAUAGGCCACUCAUUAGGGGCACACACGGCAGGCUAUGCAGGUACCUUGGUCCCAGGCCUAGGCAGGAUAACAGGUUUAGAUCCGGCAGAACCAUAUUUCCAGGGUAUGCCGGCUCACGUGAGGUUGGAUCCGUCUGAUGCAGAACUUGUGGACGUCAUCCACACUGACGGUAAAGGCAUUUUAUUCUUGGGUUACGGAAUGUCGCAGCCUUGCGGCCAUCUGGACUUCUAUCCCAACGACGGAAAGGAGCAACCAGGAUGCGACAUUACGCAAACUCCUUUGGUUCCUCUCACACUCAUAAGAGACGGUUUGGAAGAAGCCUCCAGGGUUCUAGUGGCCUGCAACCAUGUACGAGCGAUCAAAUUGUUUAUUGAUAGCAUUAAUACGCAGUGUCCUUAUAUUGGGCGCCAAUGUUCCAGCUUUAAACAGUUUAUGUCCGGAAAAUGCUUUGGAUGUAAAAGUGGGAUAUCUUGUGCCAUUAUGGGCUAUAAAGCGGAUUCGUCGCUAGGCUACUUAGAGAAUGAAGUAGAACAGCCGCAUGCAAAACUACAAGAAGCUGUUGGAAAUAAAUAUUUCUUAGCUACUGGUCGAGACUAUCCAUUUUGCCAGCAAGUGUAUAGAGUCAGCGUUGACUUAGCUAAACCAUCGUUUGCUGAGGAGUGGGUUCAAGGAAGACUUAAGUUGUCCAUGUAUGGUCCAAAUGGGGUGAUACAAACGGAUCUUGCACCGGCUGAGACUAAGUUGGAACACGGUACCACUUAUGUGACUGUGAUAGCUCAUCCGCUAGAUUUGGCGGGAAACAUCCGAAAAGUAGAACUGAACUGGGCGUACGACAUGAAUGUCCUGGAACCAAAAAGCUUAUGCCUAUUUUGGUGUAACGACCACUUGUAUGUCAGGUCGGUCAUUGUGGAUCAACUGGAAAUGCCUGGAAGAGGAAAAAGGAACGCGAAGUUUUCAAACCGAUUAUGUUCCAAGAGGAAGGAGGAGUACGUAGACAUUGCCAGCACAAGCAAGGGGAUGUUUUGGGAUACUUGCGCCACUGAGAGGAGCGAUAAGGGAUGAUUUUGAGUUUAUAAAAAUUGUUAUAAGCCGUUUAACCUAAAAUUAACAUAUUUUAAUAUUACGUUUAUUUGUUAAGAGGUUGACUGAAUAUAUUUUUGUUUAGAGAA